AGGUGGGGGGGGGAGCCCCGUUCGUGGAGAUCCUGGAGCAGCCGAAGCAGCGCGGGAUGAGGUUCCGCUACAAGUGCGAGGGGCGUUCGGCCGGGAGCAUCCCCGGGGAGCACAGCUCGGAGACCACCCGCACCCACCCCACCAUCCGCGUGAACAAUUACCGUGGCCCGGCGCGUGUUCGGGUGUCGUUGGUGACCAAGGACCCCCCUCACCGCCCCCACCCCCACGAGCUGGUGGGCAAGGACUGCCGGGACGGCUUCUACGAGGCCGAGCUGCCCCCCGAGCGCAGCGUGCACAGUUUCCAGAAUUUGGGGAUCCAGUGCGUGAAGAAGCGGGAGCUGGAGGCGGCCGUGGCCGAGCGGAUCCGCACCAACAACAACCCCUUCAACGUGCCAGCGGAGCAGAGGGGGGGUGAAUACGACCUGGCCGCCGUCCGGCUCUGCUUCCAGGUGUGGGUGAGGGGCCCGGGGGGGCUGCGGCCCCUCCCCCCCGUCCUGUCCCAGCCCAUCUACGACAACCGCGCCCCCAGCACGGCCGAGCUGCGGAUCUGCCGCGUCAACCGCAACUCCGGGAGCUGCCGGGGAGGGGACGAGAUCUUCCUGCUCUGCGACAAAGUCCAGAAAGAGGACAUCGAGGUGCGUUUCUGGGCCGAGGGCUGGGAGGCCAAGGGCUCCUUCGCGCAGGCCGACGUUCACCGCCAGGUCGCCAUCGUGUUCCGCACCCCCCCGUUCCGGGACCCCUCCCUGCGCCAGCCCGUCACCGUCCGCAUGGAGCUGCAGCGGCCCUCGGACCGCCAGAGGAGUGCCCCCGUGGACUUCAGAUACCUCCCCCACCAGGGGGACCUGCAGUGCAUCGAGGAGAAGCGCAAGAGGACCCGCGAGACUUUCCGCUCCUUCGUCCAGCGCAGCCCCCUGCCCGCUCCGGCCCCUCCGAGCCCCGACCCCCGACGCAUCGCGGUGCCCUCGAGACCCCGGCCCUCAGAACCCCCAGCCCCUCCCUCACCCCUUUUCCUCUCCAGCCCCCUUUCUCAUUCGUGGCCUCGGGGGGCUGUUGGGGGUCCACGGCCCCCUGAGCCGGAGCCUUUGGCCGAGGCGCUGCUGCAGCUGCAGUUCGAGGAGGGGAGGCAGGGGGUGGGGGUCUCUGCGCCCCCGCCCCUCCCCUCGCCCCUCCCUCCCCAGCUGGAUUUCGGGGCCCUCCUGGGACCCCCGCUCUUCCCCCUCGACGCCCUCAAUGCCGCCGACGUCCAGCGGCUCCUGGAGGGGAGGGACCCCGAGCUGCCCCUCCCACCCCGCCCCUCCCCCAUGCUGAUGACGUACCCCGAGUCCAUCGCGCGCCUCGUGCAGAGCCAGCCCGCCCCUCCCCACCGGGGGGCGGCCCUCGAGCUGGGCGGGGAGGGGCCGAGCUGGUGGGGGGUUGGGGGUCCCGAGGACUCCCUGCCCUCACUGGGGGAGCUGGACCUGAACGCCCUGCUGGGCCAGUUCCCCUCCUCCUAA